UGGAGGAUCAAACACUACUCCUCGCAUUCAAACCCUUGUUCAUCUCUAGAAAAUUUUCAAGAGUCCAACGUUCUGAUUGGUAAACCCUAGAAAUUCUAAUUCCCAUUCAAAAUCAGACCCCAAAAUCCCUCUCAACUCUGAAUUUUUUUCUUCACUUUUACCCUAUAAAUACAUACCCCAUACCUUGCCCUAUUCAACCUCAAAAACAUCCAAAAUAAUAAAUAAAAAAACAUAAAUACUCAUACUACACAAAAAAAAAAAAACAAAGGAAAAACAAAGUAACAGCUGUCUGUUUUUGGGCCAUGCAACGUCGACCAUCCGCCGCAGCCGCGAGGAUCAACAGCAUUUCCCGCCAGAUCAUAGGUACCAGCGGCGGACGGCCGGGACCCCAAGCGCCUCCGUGCGACGUGUUCAUCAACCACCGCGGGAUCGACACGAAGAGGAACGUGUCGGGGCUGCUGUACCACCACCUCCGCGGGCUCCGCCUCCGCCCUUUCUUGGACAGCAAGAGUAUGAAACCGGGGGAUAGGCUGUUCGACAGGAUUGAGGUGGCGAUUCGGGAAUGUAAGGUGGGAGUCGCCGUCUUCUCUCCCAUGUACUGCGAUUCCUACUUCUGUUUGCACGAGCUGAGGCUCUUGAUGGAGACCAGCAAGAAGAUCGUCCCCAUCUUUUGCGACGUUAAACCGUCGGAGCUUCGAGUCAAGGACGACGGGUCUCGCCCGGCUACGGACCUCGAAAAGUUCCGGUGGGCCCUGGAAGAGGCAAAGUAUACGGUUGGAAUAACGUUUGACACCUUAAGAGGGGAUUGGCCGGAAUUUCUUGAAAGCGCGACGGAUGCAGUGAUCAAGAACUUGAUUGAAGUGGAAGAGGAAGGACUAAGGAGGAAGCAAAAAUUGGCGCAUGCAUCCUUGUCGUCCUGAGAUUCUUUCUUCAAAUUCUUUCAUUCUUUUUUUUUUUCUUAAUUUUCUUUCAAAAUUAGAUUAAUAUUCCUCCGUUUUUAUUGAAGUAAUUUACAUUAGCCAACACAUUCAUUAUUCUUUCUUAGCAAUUUCAAGAAUAUGUAAUUGUUCUUGGAGGGGAAAAAAAUAAGCUUGUAAAGUUGUAAUCAAUGGAUCUAACCAUUGUACUUCAAGUGGAUAUAUGCAUGAGUUUGUUGUAGUAAUUCCUCUAUU